AUGGCGACUACUACUGAAGUUCAAAAUAUCCUCCGUUUUCUCAGCCAGGAGUCAAAGGUUCCCCUUGCAAUCGCGAUAGCAAGUGCUAAGGAUCUGCAGGUAUCCAAACUACUGAAUAUUGAUUCUUUAGCUAAAGCAGAUUUAAGAACGCUUGUUUCUAUUUUUAAAGAGGAAAAGAUUGCCAAACAAGUCUCCAACGCGGCGAAGAGAGCGGCAAAAAAGCGGAGGGCUGAGGAAAAUCCUGUUGUAAAUACUUCGCGCCGGCCCAAAAAGGCAUCAAAGCUUGAAGAAAAUGUUUAUUCUGCCGAACUUGAAUCCUCUUUAUCACUUCCCAUCUCAACGAAUGUUGACGAAAUUUCAAAAACGGUCGUUGUUACCAACCGAGCGCCAUUGAUGCUUGCUUUUGCGGUCACGCUACUGAAAUACACUAUGCCUGAGCAACCCACAUCUAGCAGGCUUAGCCUAGCUCAGGCCCUCAUCAGUGCGAACAGUCGCUCUAAGGCUAUUAGCCUAGGUAUUGACAACGGAGCCAGUGCCGACGAUGACGGUUGGGCGCAGGGACAGCCUUCUGUAACAAUUCUUGGAAGAGACAUUUGCGUUUUAAAGAGAUUUGAUGGUUCUAACGGUGAGGAUGUUGGGUGCAACAGCACGCAGGCGUCUUUCGAAGUAUCUCCACCGCUAUGGGGAUUAGAUGUAGAGGCUCUACGGAAAGCCAACAACCGUUCGCCGUCACUUCCGAUUUUCAGACCAGAAUCCCCUCGUGCUUAUCUACUUAAAUCUUUCAAUUUAGACGAACAAGAACAAGAACCUAACAAGACAAAGAGAAAGAAGAAAGCGAAUAGACUCGAAAUAGACACAAACCAAGAAAGGUGCCUGGGGCUUGUUCUCGGAGCCAUCGACAUAGCGUGUCGCUCAUGGGCACCUAUUCUUAGCAGGCAGGAAUUGGAUAGACGGGUGAUGACAUGGUAUCUACAAGUGAGACCCGACGUAGAACCGGGCCCUUUGGGAUGGGGCCAGAAGGGGAAGGUCCAUUUAUCUAAUCUUCUUGCUUUGCGAAAAUAA